AUGAAGUGGUUUCACACCCUUGGUAACCUCCUCUUCCUUGCGGGGACGAUCGUGAUGAUGAUCUUUGUCAUUUUGGGGGGUUCGCUGAGCCACACCCCCAUCCGCCAGUUCUGGUGGCUCGAGGCCGACACCCAGGGCAUUGGCAACUCCCGCUGGGACCGCACUGCGUGGUCGUUCUGGGGCAAGUGCAACGCUAACGACUUCAACGACUGUGACUUGGGCCCCGCCUACCCCAUCUCCCCUCAGGACAACUUCCGCACCACCGAUGUCCCCGGCAACUUCCACCUGAGCCGCGGCGCCUACUUCUACCUCACCAAGUUUGCUUUCGCCUUCUGCCUCAUUGCCUUCUGCUUUGUCUGCUUCACUUUCCUCACCCACCUCGCCCAGUUCUGCUUCACUCGUGGUGACAAGUACAACACCUUCUUGUUGGCGUUUGCCCUUUUCUUCGCCGCCGGGUGGGUGUCGUUCCAGACGGCGGUGGUGGUGAUGGCUCGCGAUGCGUUCAAGGGCCACAACGCUAAGGUUGCCGUCAAGACGAUGGCGUUGAUGUGGACGUCGUUCUUCCUCAUCUUGGUGCUUUUCUUCUCCUCGGUGUGGGCCACGGUGUCGGCGUCGUGGAAGUCCCACAUGGACACCGUCCGCGGCGGUGACAACCUGUACUACCAGCCCCACCAGCUGAGCGCCGUCCACAACGACCAGCUGAGCUUCACCAGAGCCAACGCCCCGGAAAUCAAGGACGACAACCUGGGCGGGAUCCGUUUCUUCAAGAUUAAGCGCAACGCUAAGGCCGAGGCCGACGACGAGCUGGUUUAG